AUGGUCUCAGGCGAUCGACUUUCGAAAUACCACCCAGAACGCUUCAAGCUCAUUCUAGUCGAUGAGGCCCACCACAUAGUGGCUCCAGGCUACCUGCAAAUUCUAUCUCACUUCGGGCUUCAGGAGAAAGGCACACAGUCUCCAGCUUUGGUCGGUGUCAGUGCGACAUUCUCUCGAUUUGACGGGCUUCGUCUCGGCGCCGCGAUCGAUCAUAUCGUGUAUCAUAAAGACUACGUUGACAUGAUUGGCGAAAAGUGGCUAUCCGAUGUUAUCUUCACGACGGUUAAAUCUAAAGCAGACCUGUCGAAGGUCAGGGCAGGUCGCGAUGGCGAUUUCCUGCCCGGCCAACUCUCAGCAGCCGUAAACACGGAAAUCACAAAUGAUAUUACAGUCAAGGCAUGGCUUAGUGAGGCUGGUGAUCGAAAGUCUACUCUGGUCUUCUGCGUCGAUCUUGCGCACGUUUCAAGUUUGACGUCUACGUUCCGCAGGUACGGCAUCGAUGCACAAUUCAUAACAGGCGCAACGAAGAAACGAGUCCGUGCCGAGCGGCUUGAAGCAUUCAAAAACCGCGAGUUUCCCGUACUGCUAAAUUGCGGCGUCUUUACUGAAGGCACCGACAUGCCUAAUAUCGACUGCGUACUGCUCGCCAGGCCGACCAAGUCGAGGAAUCUUCUCGUUCAAAUGAUCGGUCGUGGAAUGCGCCUAUACCCGGAGAAGAAAGAUUGUCAUGUCAUCGACAUGGUAGCAAGCCUUGAGACAGGCAUUGUCACGGUCCCUACGCUCUUUGGCCUUGACCCGGACGAGAUGGUCAAGGGCGCGAAAGUUGGUGAUCUUCAGGCGCGGAAGGAAACGGACAAGCAUCGUCAUCCCGACUCUUCUUCUGUGACGCAAGAUCCCUCGGACUUACGACGAGGUUUAGCAGUCAUGGGUGAUCACAGGCUUGAUUUCACGCAUUACGAAACGGUGCACGACCUGAUUGAGGACACAUCGGGAGAACGGCAUGUCCGUGCCAUGUCCCCCAACGCCUGGGUGCAAGUCGAUUCGCAAAAGUAUAUUCUCGUUGCGAAGGGUGGCGUAUUGACUCUCGAGCCUCGAGCCCCGACUACCUCGAACAGUAGCCACGGACGGUUCAGCGUGGUAUGGAAACAUUCCCUCGCCAUGGCUGAGGCCAGUAAGUCACCGUGGUCGCGGCCCAGGGUGGUGGCGACAGCCAGCACGCUCUCGGACGCUCUACACGCGGCAGACACAUUUGCCAGCACAAAGUUUGAUAGGGUUUUCAUUGCGACGAGCUCGAAAUGGAGAAAUUCACCUGCAAGCGAAGGACAGCUGCAAUUUCUCAAUCGCAUACGCGGUGUGACUGAGCAAGAUGUUGAACCUCUGACAGCAGAUGACAUUACAAAAGGCCAAGCGGCCGAUAUGAUCACCAAGCUCAAGUUUGGGGCUCGAGGACGGUUUGACAAGUUGCAGGUCAAGAAGCGACGGGCCCAGAGGGAUCUCGAGAAGGACCAAAAAAUUCAAGCUAUGAGGGAGCGAGAGACGGUCAGAGUUGGGCCAUUGGGAGCUUGA